AUGGAUGUUCAGUCUUUGGGGAACCAAACAACCUGGCACCGUGACACUCGCGUGGAAAUGUGGUUCCUCCUGUUCAACUGCACAGUCCUGACGCUGACCCUGGUCUUGGGUUUACCCGGGAACCUGUGGGUCUGCUGGGUGGUUUCAAGGACCAAGAGCCUGCAGACCUGCAACAACGCGCUGCUGGUCAGCCUGGCCACCAGCGACCUGCUCAAAUGCUCCGUGGACACGCCGCUGCUGCUCUUCUCGCUGCUGCGCUACGGGGGCGGUCGCCGGGUGUCGGUGCCCGUCUGUACCCUGCAGCAGUUCACCUACGCGCUGUGCAGCUGCGUCCAACUGCUCACGCUGGUCGGCAUCAGCGUGGAGCGCUUCCAGGCCAUAGCCUUCCCCUUCCAGACCGAGGGGCGGAAAGCGAGGGUCCGCGUCUGGAUCCUGUUCAUCUGGGCGUGCGGCCUCGUCCUGGCGCUCGUCUCCCUGACUCUCUCCGAGAAAGCGCUGUGUUACAUGCUGUGUCGCCCGCACGGUGCCGGCCACGCCGGGGAGACACUUCGGUACUCGGACCCGUUCGGACCCUACGUGCUGGUGCCGUUGUGGGGAAUCUGUUUAACUUUGAUCGUCCUCCACUACGUGCGGAUAUUCAAAGUUGUGAGGCAGCACCGGAAAAAGGUUUUCCACCAGGGAGUCCAGCUGACGCCGACGGUGUCUGCGGACGUUUGGGCCUGGGUAAGUGGUCCGGCCGCUGUAACGGCUCCAGGGGGGCCCUUCAGCCCGCUGCCGCCCCGCCGCACGGUGCUCCUGGUAGCAGAAGCCGCUGCGCCCUGUGCGCCCGCCGCCUCUGGCACCGGGGGCCCGCCGGGGAGACAUCCCGAGAUCGUCGGGGCGGUGUGUCUGAUGACCCCCGGUGCCAGGGAGCGGGGGAAGAAACGGAUGGAGGGGAAAGUGGCACAGCGUUUCGGUUACAUUAUCAUCGCGUUCACUCUCUUCUGGAUGCCCAUGGUGGUUAUUCUGUUGGUGAAAGUCGUCUCUCGGCUGGAAAUGGACAGACUGCUGAUGGAGCUGGAGACCUCAGCCGUGGUGCUGACCUGCGUGCAGGCUGCGGUGGAUCCCCUCAUCUACACUUUGGUCACGAGACAGUUUCGUUCUGAACUCAGCAAGAUCCUCUCCUCCAUCCCGGGUUGUCCACUGAAACCCAGACAGGGCCGGGUCUAG